AUUUUGAAUGUGUUUUCAAACAAAUCAAUGUUUUUGUUAUAUUAUUUGGCAUUUGAUUUAAAAACAGCACAAAUCGUGAGACCAAUUGUCUGGUGAUGUCUUCAGAGAGCGAGUCCUCGUGUUGUUCGACAUGCAGUUCAUCUGAUUAUGAGAGCUCUCUAUCAGACAUCACUCUCAACGAUGAGGACAUGGAUUACGCCAACCAAUUGACUCAUGAGUUGUUUUAUGUGAAACUCAUUGCCGAAGACAAACACAACCACAAGUUGGCCGACGAAUGUCACCACAAAGACAAAGACACUCAACAAAAGACUAACCAAUUGAAUGAACGGAUUGGUUUGCAAUACAAUCGGUUCACUUCGUGGGUCUUUCCUAACAAAUCGUCGAAACAAUCGACAGAUAAAAGCUUUAAGAGGAAGAGUAGUCGCAAGAAAGAGGUGACAAAUGUGGCCAAAGAGGCUAUUGUUUCGAAUGACACCAUUUGUGCCGCAAAUCCGGUGAUCAAUGUUUCUGAUUGUGACGACAAUGGCGUCAAUGAAGUGAUAAAAACAAACAAAUUGUUUGAUUUAAUUGAUGGCAAAACGGAAACAAUGGCAUCAAAAGGAGGC